AUGAAGUCAAUUAUCUUUGGUCUAGCUCUGGCAAGCACUGCCGUCGCUCAGGUGGUGAAUGGUGGAGUGUCCAUGGUUCCUGCAACCCCAACUCCGGUCGAUAAUGGUGCUGCCGCGUACUCUGCUCCUACUGCAGCUCCUUCCUCUUCCGGCUUUUAUGAUGUGAUGCCCUAUGAUUCGUACACGAGCGGGGGCUACAAAUCACUGCAGUGUGGAUAUGGUUAUUACAAAGGUGGCGAUGGUUCCUGUCAGACUGAAUCGUGGGGAUGUUACGCCACCACUAUCAUCAUUAACAACGGUGGAGGAGGAUAUGGCUACCAAUCGGAUUGCAAUCAAUAUGCCUCAACAGUUACUCAGACUGUGACUGAGACAGCGUAUAACACUGUGACUUAUACGGCAACCGAGACACAAGUCGUCCCAACUACGGUCGUUCAAUAUGUUACACAAACGCAGACCGACGUCCAAAUGGUGACGCAGACUGCCGUCGUUACCUCAGUUGAGAUGGUCCCGACUACGCGCGUCUGGGUGUCGACAGAAACCAUCGACAAAACCUCAGUGGAAGAGCACACUCUUACGGCUACAGAGACUCAGACUCAGACCAACGUCUACACCCAGACUGAAGUCCAGACUGCUACUGCGACUGAAACUCAAAAGGAGACUGAAACAGACUUUGUCACCAAGACUGAAGUGUCGACUGUUGUGUACCCCACCACGUACACCAGUGUUUGGGUUAGCACUCAAGUCAUUGACAAUACCCAGACCGUACUACAGACCCAAACUGCCACCGUCACUGAUCAGAUGACUGUUCAGACAGAAACAGCUGUUGUCACUCAAACUGAAGUGUCGACUGUCGUAUAUCCCACCACGUACACUAGUGUGUGGGUCAGUACCCAGGUCAUUGACAACACUAAAACUGUUCUGCAAACCCAAACCGCGACUGUUACAGACCAGAUGACAGUUCUCCAAACCUCCACGGCAACUGCGACUGCGACUGCGACUCAGACAGAGACUGCCACAGCUACUACGACACAGCAAGUUUACAAUACCGGUCUCGCUGAUUGUUUGGGCAAGUGCAAGUCGUCUUGGUCACUCACCACAGGCAACAGUAAUCCAUACAACACGUAUGGUUCUGCUGCUACGUCGUCGGUGUCCUGGGAUAAGUCAAGUUCAAGUGCGGCUGCUGCACAAGCCACGUAUGGUUCAUCCGGUAAUUCAUACGGCGGCUCGUAUGGCGGAUACUAAGCCAUUUCCCAUCCAAUUGCAUUUGCAUUGCUAUCACGUCUCCAAUUCACGUCUGUAGAGAAUUUUGAUUCGCUUUGGCUUACACAACCAACCUUUAUACACCAUGGACUCUAUCUAUACCAUCGAUUUCUGAUUUUUUGACUGCUUUUAACAGUAUUACGACGCUUAAUUCGUAUUCUGUCGUUUCGCAAAGGGUUUCAUAGGGUCGAUUCCUCGUUUGCUUCGAUUACUUAGCUUGCACUGUAUUUACUUUCGUUAUACUGAUGGGAAAAUGGAAUGCUUUGAGAAGCGCGUUGCAUUCAUAUCUCUUCUUCCUCUUCUUAAUAGCAUAUGGUCUUGGUCACAAAGGCU